ACAGGGGACUGGACGUGGCUGAAAGAGUUUUAUCAAAGGCUGAUUGAUCAGAAGUGGCAACGCAAGAAGAAGAGUAAAGAACAUUGGUACCAGAAGGCUAUACUUUCUAAAUUUUUGUAUUACAGCAUUAAUGGUGAUGGAGCUGCUCAGCCUGUUCCUUCCACUUCAAAACAGCACCAGGAGGGUCCUGUUUCAGGUGAGAGUGAUGAAGCAGGAAGGGCCUCCUGGCCAGCUCCUUUUGAAAUGCCUUCUUCCUUAUCUGAAGAACCAGGUGCCUCUAACCAGGGAAGUGUGCCUCUUGAACCCUCAUAUAUAGUGGGGCAUGUGGCCUCAGCCCCCAAAGAACAAAACCUGACUACUUUGUUCAAUGACGGGGAAAACAGUCAGGGACUUAAAAAUGACUUUGUUCGUAAUAUCUUGUGGACCUUUGAGGACAUCCACAUGUUAGUAGGAUCAAAUAUGCCUAUAUUUGGAGGUGGGAGAUACCCUGCCGUGAGCUUGCGUCUCAGGGAUAACAACAAACCAAUAAAUGUGCUAACAGGAAUUGACUAUUGGUUGGAUAACUUGAUAUGCAAUGUGCCAGAGCUUGUGAUGUGCUUUCACGUUAAUGGAAUUGUUCAGAAAUACGAAAUGAUCAAGACUGAAGAUAUUCCCAAUUUGGAAAACUCUAAUUUUUCUACCAAAGUGAUAAAAGAUAUUGCUCAAAAUAUUUUAUCUUUUCUGAAGUCAAAUUGCACCAAAGAAGGACAUACGUACUGGCUAUUUAAGGCAAGUGGGAGUGACAUAGUAAAGCUCUAUGACCUGACCACCCUUUGUGAAGAGACAGAAGACAAAUACCAAAACCCUUUUACAAUGCCGGUGGCAAUUCUUCUAUACAAAGUUGCUUGCAAUAUGAUGCUGAAGAAAAACCAGAACAAGAAACACUAUGGCACUAUCAGAACAUUACUGCUCAAUUGUCUUAAGUUGCUGGACAAUGGCAGACAUCCUCAAAUUAUUGCUUCAGCAAACUACAUGUUAUCAGAGCUUUUUCAGUUGGAUGAACCUAAAAAAGAAGACAGUACAGACUUCCCUAUAAAUGGAAAUUCUGAUGAAAGUUAUAGCGAGGAAGAGGAAGAAAUGCCAGACAGUGAUGAAAAUGGUUCUUACAGUAACAGUUCUGAUCCGCCAGAUGACAAUAAAGCAGUGGCUAUAAUCAAAUCUGUUGGAGAGUUAUCAGUACCAGAAAAGUACAAGUCUGUUCAUCGAAUACGUCCCAGCUGUGCUUUUCCUGUCUGCCAUGGCACUGAGGAGCGCUGCAGGCUUGUGCUUAACUAUGUCCUGGAGGGCUUGAAGUCUGUUGACAGCAGUGUUAAAAAAGAGAGUGACCUUCCUGCAGCUGACCCUAGCACACCAAUCCCAUUGAAAUAUGAAGAUGAAUCCACCAGUAGUGGUCCCGAGUGUCUGGAAAAACAGAUGGCGUUAUUUUUGGACAAAAUGGGCUCAUUUCAGAAGGGUAAGCAUUCCAGUCAGUCAGGAAUGAUUCCUGGAUCGUGGCAAUAUAAAAUGAAACUCCAGCUAAUUUUGAAAUCAUCAAAGGCGUAUUAUGUCCUAUCUGAUGCUGCUAUGAUUCUACAGAAAUACGGGAGAGCAUUACGAUACAUCAAGCUGGCUUUACAGUGCCAUGAUACGUACUGUUGUCUCUGUGCCAGCAUGCUUCCCGAAGUGUUGGUGUUCCUUUGUCAGUGUCUAACCCUUUGUGGAGAUAUCCAGUUAAUGCUUGCUCAGAAUGCAAACAACAGAGCAGCAUAUCUUGAAGAAUACAAUUACCAGACCAAAGAAGAUCAGGAAAUCCUACACAGUCUUCACAGAGAAUCCAGAUGCCAAGUGUUUGCCUGGGCCACAGACUUGUCUACAGACCUGGAAUGCCAACUUUCUGUCAGCUGUAAAUGUUACGAAGCAGCCUAUGAAAUUUUACUUUUUAGUAAUUUAAAAAACCAAAAUCCAGAGCAGCGGAUCCAGGUACUAAAGAGGAUGGGGAAUAUCAGGAACGAGAUUGGAGUCUUCUACAUGAACCAGGCUGCUGCAGUGCAGACUGAGAGAGUGGUGAGUAAAAACGUAUCGACGACAGAGCAGCAACUCUGGAAGAAAAGCUUCUCGUGCUUUGAAGAAGGAAUUCAGAAUUUUGAGUCAAUUGAUGAUGCAACCAAUGCUGCUCUUCUGCUCUGCAACACGGGAAGACUGAUGCGAAUUUGUGCUCAAGCGCAUUGUGCAGCUGGAGGGGACUUCAAAAGAGAGUUUUCCCCAGAAGAGGCCCUUUAUUACAAUAAGGCUAUUGACUACUACCUGAAGGCGUUACGAUCGCUGGGUAAGAGGGAUGUGCACCCAGCAGUUUGGGAUUCUGUGAACUGGGAGCUGUCUACCACGUAUUUCACUAUGGCAACUCUGCAGCAGGAUUACGCUCCGCUGUCUCGAAAGGCUCAGGAACAGAUAGAGAAGGAAGUGAGUGAAGCCAUGAUGAAGUCCUUGAAGUACUGUGAUGUUGAUACAGUGUCGGCACGGCAGCCUCUCUGCCAGUACCGGGCUGCAACCAUCCACCACCGCCUGGCCUCGAUGUACCACAGCUGCCUGAGAAACCAGGUUGGUGAUGAACAUUUGAGGAAGCAGCACCGAGUACUUGCUGAUCUCCAUUACAGUAAAGCUGUGCGACUCUUCCAGCUCUUGAAGGAUGCACCCUGUGAGUUCCUUCGUGUGCAGCUGGAAAGAGAGGCAUUUGCAGAAUUCCAGAUGGCGAGUAAGUCUGCUCUGUCUUAG